UAUAUAUUCCAACUUCUUGGACCCAUAUCCGUUUGGCCAGCUGGUGCCUGCUGCCAAUUUGGAGCUGCGGUUUUUGAGGCUGUCGACGCCCACCUAGGAUCUAUAUCAGCGUGUUGACGUAUCUUCCAAAAUGGCGACCACACCACCACCCCCUUCGACGCUGCGAAUGCCCCCUACUCCGCGACUUGGAGCCAAAUAUGAUCAAUACGAACCAUAUUCGACGCGAUAUUCGGCCAGGCUAGCUAGCCAACGCGCCUCCAGAGAGAGAGAGUCUCGUACGACUCCCCCGCCUAGUUUCCCGAGCUCGAAGACUGCGAAGAAGUACGACAUCAAUGAAUCAGAGACCCUAUCCCCACCUAGCUCAGUCCAGAGCUCUCUUCGGAAGCAGAGGUCGGCCCGAAACGCCGGGUUGUUCGCGACACAUUCACUCGAGGACCCCUCCAGCACAGAUGACUCGGACCCCUUCAGCGGCCCUGAACCUUCCUACAUCCGUCAUCAACCACGAUCACUCCGACCGACCAUGACCGACGGAAUGCUGCCCACUCCGGCAAAGACGCCCCGAAAGAAGGCUGUCGCUGAUGUUGGGAGCGCCGCACGAGUGCUCUUCCCUCCUCCCAGCUCCAAGAAGAAGACCAAGAAACACACGGGAUUCUCGCUGGACAGUUUUAGCGAGGAUAGCACUCGGGGUGGGUCUGAGAUCCAAAUUUACACCGACUCUCGUGACCGGAUCCCAGAAGUCGACGAAAGUGAGGAGAAUCCGUUCUACAAGAAACCCGUGGCUAGCAAGACAGCUACUCGCGCCCCAAGACGCAAAGAAAGCCGCCGUGACAAGGAAAUCGACGACUCGAUUGACCGUGAAGAUGGCAUGGUUUACGUUUUUCGCGGCAAGAAAAUGUUCCGCAAGUUCACCGAUGACCUGGAGAGCGACAGUGAAGAUGAUGAUGACUUGGGCUUGUUGGCAGCCCGCCCGGACCUGAUCGAUUCGUCGAUCACGGACAAUGUGCGCCCUCUGACUCGCUCAUCGAUCAAGCCUCGUGUGCUGUUCCCCACUACAGAGGAACAGAUUCCGCAAGAAACUCAUCUGAGUGACGUGGAUGAGGAGGCGGCCACUGAUAUCGAGGAUCAUCUACUCCAUGAUGAAACCGAAGAGGCUGAGGAACCUGCCGUCGAUAUGGAGAUGCAGCAGCGACUAGUCACCCCUCCUCCUCAUUCUACCAUCGAAACCCCUGCAUCGCCGGGCGCGACCAUGCGGUCAUUGCGUUCUCGAACCAAACGAGAGGGGCCGGACCAUAGCGACACGCCCACAGUCUCCGAGACCAAGAAAAAGCGUGUUAGUCCUUUCGACGGCUGGCUGCGCAAGAAACAGACCCCUGCCGUGACUGGGACCAAGGCCAAGAAACGAGACGCCGAAGCUGCUGGCAGCCCCGGUGGCCCCGCUCCCAAGAAGUCUCGAAGCAAUAAAAUUACCGCGUCGUCCGUGUGAACACUUGAGCCCAUGUACAAGGAUACCGUGUAUCUCAAGGGUAGAGUCCUGAAGCCGUCGGGAGCCGGGUGUUCUUUCUUUUCCUAAUACUGCCGUCAAGGAUUCUUUUCAAGAAACUCGACGAGCAUCUUUGUUUACAGCGUUCUUAUUUUUCUGAUUUGAUAUUCACUGGCGUCCUUGAACUUCAGGUCGGCUGUCUUAGGUUUUUAAUGUGUCCGACUGCCCUCGGUUUUCGUUUGUUUGAUACCACCUACAAGGACAACAUCUUUGUCUUGAACAUAC